AUGGCCAGCACCCGUGAUUCCCAUUCAUUUGCUUGCGACGAAUGCCGCUUGCGCAAGUCAAGAUGCUCAAAAGAACGACCAAUCUGUCUGCAAUGCCGACAGUUGAAUAAAGAAUGCUUGUACAGCCCCAAAGUCAGCAGGAGCCCUUUGACUCGACAACACUUGACCUAUGUUGAAGAUCGCCUACAUUCGUUUGAGACAGCCUUGGGAAGACUAUUUCCAGGUGGGGAUCUAGAUGCUACCCUUAGGUCUCUUCUGCAAAACCCGGAGGCAAGGGCCCCUUCAUCCAAAUCUUCUUCAAGGCACUCCACGCCGGCUAAACACGAGGCCGAACCGGCCGAACCAGCACCUGAAGCUCUCCCCCAGCAAGCCGAUGGGUUUGACUGGGCUGAAAAAGAAAUCACACUCGGUGAUUUGACCGACGGAAUGGCUGCAUUGUCCAUCAAGCCCGAAGGAGCAGGUUAUUUUGGAGCCUCUUCAAGUGUCGUGCCGCUACGAGCACUAUUUGAUCAUGGGUUUGACUUGAAUAUGCCUGUUCGUUCCAUAAGGUCAGGGGGCGUCCCUCUUAAGGCACAGCUGCUGGAAAGUGCGCCGUCCGGGCUGAUCGAGCAAGCUUUCAUCGAUGCCUUCUUUCUCAAUUACCACACCAGUUAUCCCUUUGUCCACGAACCUACGUUCCGGGCACAAUUCAAUGAUCCUUCUAUUCGCCCACAUGGUACGGCCUGGCAUAUUCUUCUAAACACGAUACUGGCCCUUGGAGCCUGGAGCAUCGGAGAUGACAGCUCGGAUCUUGAUAUUACAUUCUAUCAAGAAGCCAGAGGAUACUUGCAACAAGCCUCUGUAUUCGAGACUGGAAAUUUGACAUUGGUACAGGGAUUGUUGUUACUGAGCAACUAUGCACAGAAACGAAACAAGCCCAAUACCGGGUGGAACUAUCUUGGUCUGGCCGUUCGAAUGGCCAUGAGCUUAGGUCUUCACAAGGAGUUCCCCGGCUGGAAGAUCAGUCUUUUACAAAGAGAAAUGCGCCGAAGAUUGUGGUGGGGAGUCUUUAUAUUCGACAGUGGCGCAGCCAAAACCUUUGGAAGACCAAUUCUUCUCCCGGAGGAUAGUGUGAUGGAUGCGAAACAAGUUCGAAAUAUCCACGAAGACGAAUUGACCCCAACCACCACAGCUCUUCCCGAUGAGUCACUUGGUCCAACCAUUUACUCUGGUUUAAUUGCCCAAGCUCGUUUCCACCUCCUCACCAAUAGCGUCUACCAGCGCCUCAUCUCAAGCCCAAGCCUCACACCCGAAGACACGUUGAACCUGCAAAAGCCCAUCGAAGAAUGGUACAAUGGUCUUCCAUCAUACUUUAAAAACCCGACGCAGCCCCUAUCUGUACAGCCAGUUAACCCAGACCCCGACUCGCUUGCGCUUGUCCGCAACCGCCUGCUAUGGCGAAACUGGAAUCUUACUAUUCUGAUUUACAGACCCAUCCUACUCCGCUGGGCCGCUAGACGUUGGGCCCCACUUAGCGGCUUGUCGAGCGGCCCAGGCACCCCGGAUGCAGGAUGCGAGGAUCCGUGCGAGACUGAGUGCCGAUUGCGAUGUCUCCAGAAUGCCCGCUUGACUAUCUCCUCUAUCUCAGAGUAUAUGGAAAACUACAUUUGCACCAGAAUUGGUGCAUGGUAUAUGCUUUACUUUCUCUUCCAAGCCGGUCUCAUCCCCAUCGUCUUCCUCAUGACAGACCCCUCAAACCCAGAAGCCGCAAGCUGGCUCCAGGACAUUGAAACCACCAAAGCUCUCCUCACUCACCCUUCUCUCGGCACCAACCGCUUCGCAACCCGCUGCUACGAAGUUAUCAACCGACUCCUCGGCCCACCUAGCCACUCAGUCCAACAGGGCAUUCCAACUGAAGGGCUACAGCACGAAACCCAGCAACAGCACAUGCCCCAGCACAUGCCCCAGCAGUCACAGAACAUGAUGCCGUUUCCCGAACAGCUAUUCGGUGAUCCCGGGUUCGGCGGAAGUCUAUUCCCAGUCGAACAACAGAUGCAGAUGAACCCCGGAGGCAUGGACUUUUCCGAAUGGGUGAAUUUCCCGUCCGCAGAAUGA